AUGGUGUCUGCUUGGUCUGGUGAUGUUGCUGCCGUCAAGUAUUUUCUUGAUCGCGGCAGUGAUGUAAUGAAAGCAGAUGACAGAGGACAAACAGUUCUCCACCAUGCUGUGGCUGCAGCAGAGUUCCUCCUUUCAAAAGGAGUGCCGGUCGACAUAGACUAUGGCCGUAGAACACCAGCCUAUCUGGCUGCUGAAAAUGAGCAGGAUAAGACAUUGAAGAUUUUGUUGGACCACCAUGCAAACGCUGGUGCAGAUGUUAAUUGCAAGGGUUGUGCUAUGACUCCUUUAUUGUUUGCUACGUGGCGAGGAGGUUAUACCAACUACAUUCAGUUCCUAUUGAAGGCUGGAGCAGAUCCUAAUAUUCCUGAUGAUUUGGGUAGGUUGCCAAUAGAGUUUGCUGCGGUGCGUGAUUGCAAGGAAGAAGUUGAAAUGUUGUUUCCUUUGACUUCCCCAAUUCCAAAUGUCCGAAACUGGAGUAUCGAGGGAGUAAUUUCUUAUGCAAAAAUUGAAGAAAAAAAAGCCAAUGGAGCAAAAGCACGUUGA